AUGGGCACGAUUUUGAUUGAGCCGCAUACAAGGGGGCCGUCCAGCCGUCAUCAGGCUCCUCCAGUCCGCUACACGCAGACGCUCCGGCGUCAUUCGGGCGUCGCUGAAUCCUCAGAAGCAGCCCGGUGCUGGCCCUCGUGCGGCCUGCAGCGCGAUUCAACCCCGCGCGACUUUUUGCCGGAGCCCCCCGAGCCAGCGGCGCCCCGUUCGUACGGGUCGCGGCCUCUUUCCUCUGAGCACUUCGGCGGAGCAUGCGCGGCGUCCUGCUCGCCGGCUGACGAGGCCGCGCCCUCACGGCCUGCCUGCGCCGCUCCGCGGCCGCAGCCCGGCGGGUUGCUUCCCGCGGGCAAGCCGCAGGUCUACGUCCGACCUGUCAGAUACAGUCAGCAGCAAUUUGGCCCCUGCGAGGAAGACCCGCAGCUUCCAGCGACCUUCUCGAGGAAAAUGUCUGGCGGCAUUGGACUCCAGACAUCGCAGCCGACACAUGUCCCGCAGGUCCGCAUCUACGGCGGCGUGCGCGAUCUCAUAGGACCCAACGACCCCACCCCUCCUUUGACGCCUGUCACGGAGCCCCCGGCCCCUCCCGCGAGAUCUCACGCCUCGACUUCGCACGCCGAGUGCGGCCCUUUUCCCUGGAACUCGACGGCUCCGCCGACCGCGAGUAGCCGUUCGCCCGCGGUCGCGCGAGGCCGCUCGGAUGAGGCGCCGCCGACCGCGCCCGACACGCCCUGGCGCGACUAUUCCCGAGCCCAAAGCAGCCAGACCGUUGUAGAGCAGAAAAUGGUGAACGAGGGCUACGACAGGUAUGAGUGCAUGGUCCCGAGGCUGCGGCCGGUUAGUGUCGUGGAGAAGCGUGUCGAAGUGCCCGUAGUGAAGACCGUCGACACCAUCGUUCACACGCAGCAGAUUGAAGAGCGGAUUCGCUUCGUGGACAAGCCUGUCAUUCAAGAAGUCGAGAAGUUUGUUGAGGUUCCCCAGAUCAUCUACAACGACGUCAUCGUCGAGGUUCCAGAGGUCAUUGAGGUAAUCAAGCGGGUGCCCAAAGAGGAGAUCCGGGAGAACAUCACCUACGUCCCUCGCUUCGAGACGAAAGUCAUCCCCAAGUACGUCGAUGUCCCUAUCGUGAAGAUCGUGGACCGCUACGAGGAAGUCCAGGAAAUCCAAGAAGUUCUAAAGCCGGUCCCGAAAGUGACGGUCGUCGACGUCCCUAGGGAAGUCACCCGCAUCGUGCCGAACUACUUGAUUCACAAGACGAGAAGGGAGGUCCCUGUGCCGGUCAUUCAGUACAAAGAAGUCCCGCGCUACAAGACGCGGUACGAACCCAAGAUCAUCCACGAGACCAUCGUGAACCACAUUCCCGAGUACCACGACGUCGAGGUUCCCUACGAAGUCCCCAAGGUCGAAGUUGUCGACCAGCCGUAUUUUGUCACCAAGUAUUGCGAUCACCGCUACCCAGUCCCGGUCUCGCAGUCGGUCAAGCCUGUAAUGGUCCCGGGCGCCCACACGCAGGUUGUCGACGUCCCCGUGCAGAAGCCGUACAUCGUGACUCACGACAAAUUCGAACUCCGCCCGCCAAUUCCGGAGCUGCUUCCCGGAGCCGCAGCCCUGCACGGCGUCCAAAAACUCGACAGGGGACGCCUAACGGCGGAGCAGAAAGCGAACCUCGCUCGGUCGACAUCGCCGUAUCCACCUCCUGAGGCAGACAGCUACGCGUGGACGGAGGAGGACCCUAGCCCGCCUGCACCGCACGCUCGGGUUCCAGCUCGGCCGAGGCGCCCUCGCAAAUUUUUCGCCGGCAUGCAUCGACCGUCCUCCUGCCAUGAGGCGCGUUGGUGUGACGGGCCUGACGGCCCCCCCUACGCCGGCGGUGGAUACGACCGCGCAGGCGGCGACUACGCCGCCUACGGAGAAAGCAACUGGAUCCCCUAUCCAAAUUGA